CUUUACGUGAAUAAAUUGUUUGUCUCGUCCAUACAAAUUCACAGGAUAGGAUGGAAUGAAUUCAUGUUCAACAUAUUUUCGAAUUUCUAGGGAUCUAAUGGAGUGGUCACUGCACGUUGCGUUGCUGCUCGUGCUCUGUCAUAUGUAUGAUACGCAACCACAUAAUUAGAGCGCUCUACAAUCCAAGGGAGGUUGUGACGGCCGCGUUAUGUCACGUUAACAUUAUGCUACCAUUUUAGUCCUUGUCAUAAAAGGGUCGUUUGUCAGUGUCUCGGGUACGGCAGAGAUUUGACUCCCCGUGUUUUCGCAUGGCAACACAAGCCUGGCAGCUGGAGUCAUCCCUGCGCCGCUCCGCCAGACUAGGCCUGGAAGUACUGGAGCGAGCGUCGAGACGGAGCGUAGACUGGACGAGUCCGUCUCCCAAUACAACACCAACGGAUGGCAACGCCGGGAGUGAGGUUCUGGGAAACUCAGCCCACACAAGCCUGGAUGAUGCUUUUGAGACCAUAGCGGAAUUCAUGGCUCAGACAACAUAUCAAUGCAAGAACUUUUACACGUCGGAGAAUGAGCCUAUGGAAAAGGAGAGAACCCAUGUGUGCAGAUACCAUUCUCAAUCUCACCAAUGCCUAGGGACCUCAUUGCAGAUCAGGAAACAUGCACGGUCAUCACCUGAGGAUUUCCACAUUGAGGUGUCACCAGGUACCUAUGCGAUUACCGCGGGAACGCAGGACUCGCAGCAACAGACCCGGCUAGUACGCAUUAAUGCAGGAGAGAGUUCCACCUAGAAGACUGACGCAGGCUGCUAAUAUGCAUUCAGGAAUUGGGGAUGGGAUUGUGGUGAUUUCCACGUGUAGCAGAGAAAUAUCAACAAAUGGGGCACUGACUGGCAGCUGUCAGUGUAACUAGCUAGCAUGCUAACCUUAGCCAGCUCAUGAAAGUUAUGUGAGCACCAUUUCAGUUAUGACAGGCAGACUAGCUCAAUAAGUGAAAUGUAUCGAUUAUAGUAAUUUGCUGUUAAAGGGGGAGGUGUGAAAACUGUUUUUGCAUUUUAAUUUGCUCCAUGGCAAGGCGGUCAAGUAUAGGGUCGUCACUAGUUAACACAGCCAUAAACCCUGUCUAUUCCUACAUUUUAUUUUCUUAAAAUCAGAUUGUAAACUGAACUCUCAUUUUAACCUUAACCACACUGCUAACCUUAGCCUAACCAUAACCUUAAAGAACAAAAAGCUCUUUUUGGUUUUCAUGAAGUUUUACGAUGUAGCCCAUUUUGACUUUAUCAAGUGGAAACCCAAGUGUAGGCUACAAAGAAAAGUUGUUUGGCUCUCCGACAAUUCUUGAAUAGGGAACUUUGCAGCAAGUGUUUCUGAUUUAAUAGACAUUGCCAUGCUGGUGGGUGGUAAUGUUUAAUUAAAACCCAGCCCUGAAAUGAAACGUAGGCUGGAAGUAAUUUGCACGUCAUCUCCAUAGGAAAAGACACGUAAGACUCACGGAAACAUCCGAAGUUACACGUUUGGAUCUGGCACAUCAAGCUCAAAUAUAUCAUACUUUGACUAAAACUAUGACUUAUUGACUUACACUGUUGUGCAACAUCAUGGGUAAGCUCUGGGCAUUGUCUUUCAGUUUGAAAAUGUGUAUUUCUACAGGUGUGGGAGUUAAGACCCCACAAGAUUCGUCUUCAAUAGUCAAAACCAUCAUGUAUAAACACCUGUGAUCGUGUU